CGCCAGCCCUGUCCUUCGCCAACUACACUUAGCGACGAGAAAAAAGAAAUGGCCUCUGCGCAGGAAGAUUUGAUUGAUUACGAGGAAGAAGAAGAGUUGACGCAAGUUGACAACACUGCCGGACAAACGGCCGCCGCAGAGAGCACCGAGUCCGCGGAAAAAGCAGACAAAAAAGGUUCGUAUGUGGGAAUUCACUCUACAGGCUUCCGCGACUUUUUGCUGAAGCCUGAGCUGCUUCGUGCCAUCACAGACAGUGGAUUUGAGCAUCCUUCUGAGGUUCAGCAGGUCUGUAUUCCUCAGUCAAUUCUUGGUACAGAUGUUUUGUGCCAGGCUAAAUCUGGUAUGGGAAAAACUGCCGUUUUUGUACUUUCUACAUUGCAACAAAUUGAGCCAGUGGACGGAGAAGUGUCUGUCUUGGUACUCUGUCACACUCGUGAGCUUGCCUUCCAAAUUAAAAACGAAUAUGCCCGUUUCAGCAAAUAUCUGCCCGACGUUCGCACAGCCGUGUUCUACGGUGGUGUAAACAUUAAGCAGGAUAUGGAGGCCUUCAAGGACAAGUCUACGUCCCCUCACAUUGUUGUUGCGACCCCCGGUCGCCUGAACGCCCUUGUGCGUGAAAAGAUUUUGCGUGUAAACAACGUAAAGCACUUUGUUCUCGACGAGUGUGACAAACUGCUUGAGGCAGUUGACAUGCGUCGUGACAUUCAAGAGGUGUUCCGUGCUACUCCUCCCCAAAAGCAAGUGAUGAUGUUCAGUGCUACCCUUAGCAAUGAGAUCCGUCCCAUUUGCAAAAAGUUCAUGCAAAACCCUCUGGAGAUUUAUGUUGACGACGAAACAAAGUUGACUCUCCACGGUCUCCAACAGCACUAUGUGAAGUUGGAUGAAAAAGCGAAGAACAGAAAAUUGAACGACCUUUUGGACUCACUUGAGUUCAACCAAGUCGUUAUUUUUGUCAAGUCUGUUAGCCGUGCUAACGCUUUGGACCGUCUUCUCCGCGAAUGCAGUUUCCCCUCUAUUUGCAUUCACGGUGGUCUGCCUCAAGACGAGCGUAUCAAGCGUUACAAGGCCUUCAAGGACUUUGACAAGCGUAUCUGCGUGGCCACAGACGUCUUUGGACGUGGUAUUGAUAUCGAACGUGUCAACAUUGUCAUUAAUUAUGACAUGCCCGAUUCCCCCGACUCCUACUUACAUCGUGUUGGCCGUGCUGGCCGUUUUGGUACCAAGGGUCUCGCCAUCACGUUCGUUACCACUGACGAGGAUUCCCAAGUACUCGACAAAAUUCAAGAGCGUUUCGAGGUAAACAUCACCGAGCUUCCGGACGAGAUUGAUGUUAGUUCGUACAUGAACGCUUAGAUGCGGUCAUUACUGACUUUUCAUGUACGACUUGGCACAAAAGCUUUGUCAGAAGACAAGCACAUGGCAGAUACAAAUGAAUGCGUUUUGACGAGUAUAAUAUAAACAACGAAGUGAUGGUGUUGAUGGUAGAACACAUUAGCGGGGUUACUUCACAGUCGACCAUUUAUGUUUUGUUGUGAUCGUUACGUCUCAAACGGCGCGUUAACCUCGCUGUUCUAGUUAUCCAAUUUAUUGAUAAUUGUACUCAAAUCCUAGGCAAAUGUCAUGGCGGUUUGGUAGUAAGGCGGUUUGAC